AUGACCUCCUGGCGCAAUAGGAAACGUUUGUGGAAGAAAAUUUUGGCCAGAUUGGCCCAUCAAUUGCCGGCAUCACCAUCCGAGUCAAAUGAAGUAUUAAAAAGGUCUAAUUUGAGCUGGAAAGACAAGUACUUCAACCAGGUUAGAGCUGCCGCUGUACGCGCCAAGGCACGUGCUCAAGAGGCAAAAAACAAACCUACCGUAGAUGCCAAUGCUGCGGCCGUAAACGUUCCGAAGCCCGAAGAAAUACCCAGAAGAAUAACCAGGAGCAUGACCAAGAAGCUACCUCUCGACAAGCCCGAACAUGUAUGAGAUGAUGUGAAAUGUUCGUUUACCUCUAUGCGUAAAAUAAAGAGCCCACA